GACAUUCCACGUCAUCAGCAAUUAGCUACUGCUAACAACACAUGCUAACCCCAAAUACGUGCAACUAUUUUUGAUUGCCAAUGAAGUACAUUCAAUGCGUGCAUAAUGGCUCGUUCCGCAGCCAUUGGGAUGCUGAUUGAAGACCUGAUUGUGGCAGUAUCAAAAUCAGAAAAAAACUCAACCACCUUUCAAAAUGCAAAAUCGCGCUUUGAUAUUAUUAUCAAAGAGCACAGCAAUUGGAACCACACAGAUCCGUUUGCUGUAGAGAAGCAUUUUGACGGUCUUGUAGAGAAAUUUCGAGUGCUGAGCAAAGAUGACUUGGCAGAUAGCCUUAGUGUUCGCCUCAGCGAAUUAGAAGGGCAACGAAUAUCAUGGAUGCCAGAGAUAUUGUCUUUGUUGCAGCAGCUCUCAGAUCGGCCAGCGAAUAUAUCUCAAGUACCUAGAUUCGAGCUAUCCAAGUCUAAAGACCCCGAACUCGGCUUAACAUGGUCAGACUUGGACCCGACUGGCACGGCCUUUGCCGACGAGGACAUAUGGGCUGAGGUCUACUAUGGAGAACUUUCUUCUGACGAGGAAGAUUCAACAGCUUCCAGUGAUAUUUCUAUUCCCAGAAUAUUUCCUCAGAGUGCGAAACCACAACAGGACGAGUUCGAGAUUCCUAGUGAGCUUAUUCAGUCGGGCGAAGAUGACGAGUUAAUCUCGACGAUCAAAAGUGGCCAUUUCUGGGAGUACGACUCAGCUGCCGUUAGAGAGUUUUCAGAAAGUCAUACCCGUUAUGUUACAGAACUACAAGCAGCUCGAGAGAUUAUCUUCAUGCUUCAGGGUCUUCCUACUUCUCUAUUUUGGAAGCUCGAUAAUAGCAUUGCAGUCGACAGGAGAUAUGCACUCCGUCACGCUUCAAACUCCGCUUUUCUGCAAAUCCUCCGCUCCUGUGCCGAUAUUGGAGCUAGUCUUGGGGAAGUGAGACGAUAUGUGAAGAAUCCACAGUCUGUGAUCUUUCUUCAAACGUUUGUCAGGGGAGUUGAGACGCAUCUUCGUGAAUUUGACAAUUUCCUGGCAAAUCUGCAGUUGAGAUACCUCUCAAUAGACCAAGCAGUCACUGUCAGUUUAUUACAGUUAAUGGAAGAGGUUAGGAGAGGAGGCCGAGUACUCUCACUAUUAGCAGAUUUAGUGGCGCAACUAGAACGCGCCCCUUCUGGCCAAUCCUUUCUAUGCUUGGACUUAUUGUAUGACUUAGUCUGUACUAAUCAAGCUUCUGGAAAUGAUGACGAGUAUAGAGCUCUCGCGAAACUAUUCUUCUCCUGCUUUGAAGCGUAUACGCAACCCAUUCACUUGUGGAUGGGAAGUGGGUUCCUAGAGGCGAACCAGGAUACCUUCUUCAUCACUGAUACUCGGCGCGACAAUGACCUUCGAACUCUUUGGCACAAUUGGUACUCGCUUGAGGAAAUUCAUGGUCGACUUAAUGCUCCCAAAUUUGUGAAACCAAGUGCUCGCAAGAUUCUUACUACCGGGAAGAGCAUGAUAUUCCUCCAAAAUCUCAAUAUUUCACCAGAAGACUUAGGCUUUGCUAGUAGAAGGCCAUUUUCAUUUGAUGAUGUUUGCCCAGAUGACGCAUCCUUGCAGCUUUUACCUUUCUCAGGCUUACUAGACAAGGCUUUUGACGACCUGAUUGCCACUAAUCAUAAACUAGCUUCAGAAUAUCUACGAGAACAGCUGGGCGAACAAUGCGGGCUUUGGAACUCCCUCUCCGCUUUGCAGUACAUCUAUCUUUGUCAGGAUAUAACUGUCUCCUCUUUGAUAGACAGCAAAAUCUUUGAAUUAAUUGACAAGGGCCGGGGAGUCUGGAACGACCGGUUUUUACUCACGGAGUUGGUACAGAGCACAUUUAGUGGCAUUGUUUCCGUUGAUACCUCUCGUGUUAUCGUGCGAUCUACUAGAGGCGCUUGCAUGGAUUCCGAAAAUCCAAUAAGAAGCGUCAAAAUGCUCAAAGUAUUGUCAAUCGACUACAUUUUGCCAUGGCCUGUGGCCAACAUUAUAACCAAGAAUGCUAUUUCGACAUAUCAACGCAUAUCCACAUUCUUGAUGCAAAUCCGGAGGGCAAAAUACAUUCUCGAGCGACAACGGCUCCGCAAGGAGGACCAUGAUUCGGAUGGAUUCAAUAAUAACAGCGGGGAUGAUGGCCGUGGUUACAUUAUCCGUCAUAGUCUCUUAUGGCUCACAAACACUCUAUAUAGCCAUUUUACAGAAUUGGUCGUUGCUAUGAGCACUGAAAACAUGAAAAAGGCACUGGCGGCAUCCGUAGAUGUUAACGGCAUGAUUGCCGUACAUGAAGCAUACAUGUCCUCCCUCGAACAACAAUGUCUUCUCUCCACCAACCUAGGAGCAAUCUACAAGGCUGUUAUCGGCUUACUAGAUUUAUGCGUGCAUUUAGCUGAUAUUCAAUCGGCGCGUCAUGGCGCUAACCGAUUUGAUAAAUCAAACCGCUCUUUCCAUUCAUCGACGGGUGGAAAUAGGCAAUAUCCCAAACGCUGGCGACCCCCCGAAGGGGCUUUAACGAUUUCUCUGAUUCUGAUAACGAUGAUGAGGAAACUUCUAACGACGAAGACGAAGAUAAUGAACACGAUGACAACGAGAACUAUGAUGAGGGGAACACAACCAGUAUAUCAUUCCUUGAAUCGCCUUACUCUGAGAGACUCGGUCAUGUCAAGGAGAGGUUUGAGCGACUGCUGGCUUUCGUUGUGACUGGCCUGAGGGCAGUUGGCAGGAUCGACGGGCAGCAGAGUUGGGAAAUGCUUGCAGACAGAUUGGCUUGGAAGACGAGACCAAAUGAUACAUAUUAAUACAAGAGCUAAAAUGAAAUGUAUUUUAGUGGCUGAAUGUGUAUAUAUUUUUUUUAACACAUACAUU